AUGGUGGAUCUGCGAUGCCUUCAAAGCUUCCUACUACAAUCCCUUGCCUCAUCUUCCUCUCCGUUCCUCUAUCUCUACUCCACUUCGCUCCUCCCUUGCUCCUCCACAUCCAUCACCACACCUUCUCCUUCUUCAACUUGCAAUCUCUUCGAAGGCCACUGGGUCUUAGACCCUGAGGCUCCCAAACCCUUUUACGAUGAGUCCUGCCCAUUUCAUAGAAACGCCUGGAACUGCCUUAGGAACAACAGAGACAACAUGGGUCUCAUCAAUUCCUGGAAAUGGGUGCCCCAAAAAUGCAAUUUGCCACGGAUUGAUCCGCAGAGAUUUCUAGGGAUAAUGAGAAAUAGGAACAUUGGAUUUGUUCGCGAUUCUUUAAAUGAGAAUUUUUUGGUGUCGUUCUUGUGUAUUCUUAGAGUGGCUGAUGCUGAUGCAAGGAGGUGGAAAAAGAAGGGGGCUUGGAGAGGUGCUUAUUUUCCCAAAUUCAAUGUCACCGUGGCAUAUCACCGGCCUGCUUUGCUCGCCAAAUAUCAGUGGCAGCCAAAACAGUUGCACUUGCGAAUGAUGGAUAGAAGGAAACAUAUCGCGUCGAUGAUGACGCACCUGCAGAUGAAUGACCCACCGUCAAUCAUUUUUAUGAUGUUCUCAUAUUUAAUACUGGGCAUUGGUAAUUUCCUCUCUAAUGAACUGAUUCUUUCACCUUUUAAUGCUUUGGCAUUUCAUCUGCAUUAUUGCAGAUUCAUUGAAAAAAAAAAUGGUGGCUUGGUUUAUGACAUGAUUUGGAACACUCAGGGACGACUAGAUAUGUCUAUAGUCUUACAUUCUUAUGUAAAACUCACAGGUAAGGAGUCUUGUAUUGCAAUGUUCUUGUCUUGUAUUGCAAUGUUCUUGUCCUUGUCAAUCACUAUUAUUUUGUAUUGCUGUUUCUCAACUCUCAUUGUCCUCUUUCUCUUUUGGACAUUAAUUCUCUUGCCUGUAUUCCACAGCCGUAGUGUGUUCCUUUAAUUUGGUAGAGCUUGACACAAUAUUCAUUUAUUCUAAAUCUAACAAUUCAAGAAAAACAUACAAGUAUUUUCACAAGUAGUUUACAACCAUCUAGGUUUCACUUUAUGUAACUACAUGGUUUUAACUUAGUUUUUGCUCUGGAGACUCAAAGUAUAAUUCCCAGAAAUGAAAAUUGGCUUAUUACCUGAUAUAACUCAGAAAAAUUAUUGCUUAUCAAAAGGUAUUUAAAAAAUAAAGUUUUCAUUCUACUUUCACAUAUGGCAUUUACUUUUGAUGCAUUAACAAAAUGCCCAUGUAAUUGUGGUGUAUUCAAAUUAUGAGCUCAGAAGAAAUUGGGAAAAUAUCUGAGGACAUUUAUGAUAAAAUACUAGUAGGAUGACUGUUAAAACAUUACGUGAUAUGUGUGCAGAAUGAUCUAGUUACAAUGAUGCAAAGGUCUAUUAUGUGUAAAGGGAAUAGUAGAAUGCUAGAAGCAUGCUAGCUGGAAGUUGAGGGAAAUGAAUACCAAAUGAAAGAGGAAUAUUUGUAAAGGGAAUCUGAAAUGCUCAACCAUGUGUGAGCAAAGAAUUAGGUUAAGAUUAAUUAUUUUCACUUUUUUGCAUCCUUGUACUGGCAGAUCUGCUAUUUUGCUUGUUCUUUCUUGUUAUGCAUUUGUAGUGUCUAAAUGCAUCUUUAAAUUAUAUUAUUUCAUCUGGAAUAGGUGGGGUCAUGACAAAUUUCCAAAUGACACACCUUUUGUUUUUUA